AUGUAAUCAAAUUUUGAUUUUUCAUCCAACUCAAGCUGGAAAUUGUUUAAUAUCAUCAAUAUUGAGAAUUUAGAUUUGGUACAAAAAUAUUAUCUGAUAAAUAGGGAAUUUCUGAAUAGUAUCUUUUUCAAAAAUUUAAGCAAGCGGGAAAAAUUUUACAAUUAACAAUUAUGAAGGACAAGUCUACUUAAAUGUCCAAAGGAAAAGCAAUUAUUACAUAUUCUAACCAAGAUUCAGCGGAACAAGCUAUAAAGAAAUUCAAUGACUCGAUAAUAAUCCAAAACGUAAUCAGAGUCAAACCUUAUUUGAUUCAUCCAACAAAUUGGAAGGCAAAUAUUUUGAUUGAAAAUUUACCUGAGGAUGUAGAUGCACUAGAAUUAAAAAAUGAAUUUUCAAAAUUUGGCUUUGUGUUAUCAGUUGAUAUAAAUAUGAAUUAAACAGAACAGCAAUUAAAGUCUAAUUUACAUUUAGCAAAUGGUUAGGCUAGCGUUUAAUUUUAAAAUGAGUCAGAUGCUGAUGACUUAAUUUAAAGAAUCUAAAAGUAGCCAAUUACGUUUAAAGGAAAUAUUUUGAAGCUAAGGAAAUCUAAAUCUGAGUUGGAAGGAAAAGAAGAAUCAUCAAUUUUUUUAAGGGCAUUUGCAGCUCCAUUGCCUUAAAACCUCAUUAAUUAAAAUACUACAGUUGAAUUCAUAGAAUAUGGAUGGACUUUGGUGAUCAAAGAUUACUUAACAAGAGUUUAAGGGGAUGAAGUUGAGGAGUGUAUUGUUAAAAUAGAAAACUCCACAAGACAACCAUGGGCAAUGAUUAAAUUUAAAACUUAGGAUUAAGCUCAAAGAAACCUAGAUAUUUGUGAAAAAUUUAGGAAACAUCCAUGCUUUACUUCAAAUGCUAUGAAUGCCUUUGAAUUAAUUAAAAAGCAUGGACCUCCUGCAAAUAGUGAUAAUAGUUUACAAUUUAAUAUAUAGGAAAUUGAAACAUUCUUCGAACAAAUGUAUAAAAACCCGUUUGAUAUUUUUAAAGGGGAAAGUGAUUAAUUUUUUUUUAUCAUGGCUAAUAGAAAACAAUCUGACCCAGAUGAGAGAUUAAUCACAUUUGAAAAUAUUUUAUAGAAAGCAACUAAAAAACAAAUUUCAGAAUUUUUUUAGUAAUUUGGAAAAGUUAUUAAUUUAAGAUUUGAAAAAGUCUUUAACACACAAUUUUAUGGAUAAUCAUGCUCCGUCUAUUAUUAAACUCUAGAGGAUUCAAAAAGGGCUCUUUCAGAAAUCCAAGAUGACUCUAAUGAAAAAAUCACUCAAUAAAAAAAAAAAAUCUUCAACAAUGGUCAGGCUGUGAUAGGCACUAAUCUACCUAAAACCACUGGAGAGGUCAAUAAUAUUAAAAAACAAAAUGAAAAUUACUCUGCUAUUCCCUCUAUAAUUAAACCAAACGAGAAUAUAGAGAAUUACGAAUAGUUACUGCCAACUUUCUUAGAAGAAUUUAUGGACUAUUCAAUAGUAAAAAGAAGAAUGGAAGAUUUCUUAAAAAUUCCUGUUGAUGCUUAACGAUUCGUUUUGGGUAAUUUAUUACUCAUAAGAAUAUUAAUAAUUGUCUAAGGUAAAGAAAAAUCAAUAAGUCUUAUGAGUAAAAAUUUAUUCAUAUUAUAGAAAAAUUGAUUGAUCCAUAAAAAUAUGAAAUCGCAGAUAUUUUCAAACUUUUUGAAAAUUUUAAUGAACUUAAAUCCAGAAUUGAUGAAGAAAUCUAACUUGUCGAUCAUGAAUAAAAAUGUGAUUGAAUUAUC